AUGAACUGGGUUGGUGGCUCCCGGAGCAGAAUCAUACUUAAACAGGAAAGGAGAAAGCAAAAGGAAUUCUUUGAAAAGAAAAAGCUUAGAUCAAAGAUGAAGCUGCUAGGAGUAUCAUCACCCCCUAAAAGUUCAACAGUCAGUUUAGAUCUCCUCAACCUGUAUGUUGUUAACCAGAUAUCCACCAAGAAAGACACUGCUGACAGAGUGAGAAAACCAGUCCAUGUGGAUCUGAACAGGGGCUUAAAAACACCUACAAGGAGACAGAAUAUAGAAUUUCCCAUGUCACCACAAUGCACAUCAUCUAAAAUAGCCCUGGAUGACAUCCAGUACAGGAUACAACAACAAGUAUUAGAGAACAGAAGAAAGCAUCUCUCAGACAAGAUGAAAUACCAACCUCAGUUAUCACAAGUUAUGGAAUCAACUUGCACAGACUCUAGUCUUGAACAUCUGCACAAUCUAGCAGCAGACUGUAAUUCCUAUCCAGCAUCCUCUUCAGUUUCCUGGUCUUCUAAUUACAAACAAUCUACAGAACAAGAUUUCAGAACGAACCUAGCAUGCAGCCCUUGGGAAUUGGCCUACAAAGAGGAGAAGCAGAUCAAACAGUUUCUACCAUUUUCUCAGUCGGGAAAUAUUCUCUCUCAAGACCCUGGGGUUUCAAAAUCCCAAAACAGGCAAUGCAUUUUCAGCAAGUCCAAUACAGCAGGGCCAUUGGGAACAUUGUUUAAGAAAUUGAAUAGUCCAGAAUAUAUAAAUUCUGUUGGUAAUACUCCAGCUUUAAUUACUGGUAAAGAUUCUGGAAGCAACAACAGAAUAAAAGAGCCAUUAUUUGGUAUUGUGAAAGAAACAGCAGCAAACGACACUCACGGUGAAAAUGGUCUAGCACUGUCUGAAGAUGAGAGACCGCUGUUUCAUGAUAUUCCUUCCAUGGAAUAUUGUGGUCCUUUUGUUAACCAAGGUAGUAUCCGCCAGUUAUUUACAGAUCCAGAUGAUAUGAAUGAAAUAUCCUACAGAUGUAGCCCUUAUAAUAGAGAAAUUUAUAACAUGACUGAAUGUACUGAAAGGUAUACUGUAGACAGAUGCCUUAAAGGGAUUUUCACUGUUCCAGAGCAGACUUUCUUUAAAAGUAAGAAUAUUUCAAGUGCAAGCCAUAAAGAAAAUAAACAGCCUAAUAAAAGCCACUUGAAAGAAUAUCCUGAUGGACAUGAUUACAUUAUAUCUUCUGAAAACCAAGAAAAUCCUUCAAAAUCUGAAAGAACAGGAGCAUUUACAAAUCACCACAAUCACAAGAUUAGCUUAGAGGAAAAAAUGUGGAAUUAUUCAACAAUUAAUAAUGACAAUGCUCCUCUUGAACAAUUCACUUGUGAGUGCUCACAAGUCUUUGGAUUUGAAGAGGUUCUGACAGCAAAGGAGGAACAGUGUGAUUUUGAAGUCUGUUCAAAGCUUGGAAAGAUGGAAAAGGACAUUGAAUCAUCACUGAGCAGUCAGUCCCCCGGUUACUCUCCAAAGCAAACAGACAGUUGUUUCUGUACUAGUUCCGAGAUGUCUGAAGAGGACUACCUAGCUGAAAAGUGUCUUUCUGACAGCUCCUUUCAAGUAAACAGUGCCAAUCCAAUUGCAGCUUCAACAAGCAAAGGACCACAACAUAGCUUUGGCACAGAGAGUUUGUUUUUCCCUCCCUGCACUGGUGUUGCUAUGAAAGAAGCCAACACUCCUAAACAGAAAGAGCCCAGUUUACAAGCAACAGAGGAGGAAAAUAAAGACCAGCCUCAGCACAACUCACCACACAUAUCAUUUAAAAGGAAGAAUAUUAAUCUGAGAGAAAGAUGUGAUGCUUGGUCACAAACUGAGAGCCCCCCUGUAAGGGUAGAAAAAUUAAAUGCUGCCAUACAGUGUGAUAUAAUACAAGCAUGUUGCUGUAGAAAUCAUCUUUCCUCUGUCCACAGUGCUGAACUACUAACUAAUGUUAGUAAAGCAGAUACCACUGGAGGGCAGGAAAUUACAGCCGAUGAGGCAUUUCAGUCUUCAGGAACAGACAGUGCAACAAUUAUUGCAGAAUUUCCUCCUGAAACUGGGUAUCUGACUUUGCCUGACAAGAUGACUGUAGAUGUACUGAACUACAUUAACAUAAUGAAAAAGAGAGAAGAGAACAACUGA